GGGCACCACGGAGCGCAAGAAACGAAGAUGGCGUCUGGUUCCUCGCGUGUGCUGCCGAAAGGUGUGCGAGAUUUUUUAAAGGGGCGACGGACGUUCUCCCGCCAGCGCACAGGGUGCGCGGGCAGGCGCGCCCUGUGCACGUCCAGUGCGGUUCCCCCCAAGGACGAGAUCACCAAGAUCUCGCUGUCGGAGCCCCUCCCGGGCUUUCCCCAGCCCGUAUAUGCGGUGCCUUCCCCCCACGACCAGGCCACCGAGGUGACCACCCUUGAAAACGGGCUCAAGGUGGCCUCCCAGAACAAGUUUGGACAGUUCUGCACCGUGGGAGUGGUGAUCGACUCUGGCUCGCGGUACGAGGCCCCCUACCCCAGCGGCAUCUCGCACUUCCUGGAAAAGCUCGCAUUUAACUCCACCAAAGAGUUUCGGGACCGGGAUGCCGUGCUGCAGGAACUGGAAAAACAGGGUGGCAUCUGCGACUGCCAGGGAUCCAGAGACACAAUGAUCUACGCCGCCUCGGCCGAUGCGAGGGGGCUUGGACCCGUGGUCAAGCUCCUGGGGGACGUCGUCCUCAGGCCCCUCUUCAAAGAGGAGGAGGUGGAGAGGACGCGGCAGACGAUCCAGUUCGAACUGGAGGACAUCGACAUGAAGCCAGACCAGGAGCAGCUCCUCUUUGAAAUGAUCCACGCCGCGGCAUACACGGACAACACCCUGGGCCUGCCCAAGCUGUGCCCCCGGGAAAACCUGGGGGUGGUGAGCAGGGAGGUGCUGUACACCUUCCUGAGCCACCACUACGUGCCCCAGAGAAUGGUGGUGGCGGGGGUCGGGGUGGAGCACGGGCCUCUCGUUGAGAUGGUGCACAGGCACUUUGUGGAGAAGGCACCCCUCUGGCAGGAGAACCCUGAGCUCAUCCUCGACGAUAAAAUGGAGCCUGACAACUCCAUAGCACAGUACACAGGAGGUAUCGUAAAGGUGCCCAAGGACCUGUCCAAGGUGAGCCCCGGCCAGACACCCAUCCCGGACCUGGCCCACUUUGUGCUGGGCCUGGAGAGCUGCUCCCACCAGGACCCGGACUUCAUUGCGUUCUGCGUGCUCAACAUGAUCAUGGGCGGAGGGGGCUCCUUCUCUGCGGGGGGCCCCGGCAAGGGCAUGUACACCCGCCUCUACACCAACGUCCUCAACCGGUAUCACUGGAUGUACAAUGCCACAGCAUACAACCAUGCUUACGGAGAUUCAGGCAUCUUCUGUAUCCACGCCAGUGCCGACCCAUCGCAGCUGCGUGAGGUGGUGAACGUCAUUGUGAGAGAAUUCGCCAUCAUGGCAGGAAGAGUUGCUGAAAUGGAGCUGGAGCGUGCCAAGACCCAGCUGCAGUCGAUGCUGCUCAUGAACCUGGAGGCAAGGCCGGUCAUGUUCGAGGACAUUGGGCGUCAGGUCCUGGCCAGCGGGCACCGCAAGGACGCCAGCUACUACAUCUCGGAGAUUGGCAAGAUCAAGGAGGAGGACAUCCACCGGGUGGUGCAGCGGAUGCUCCGCGGCCGAGCCUCGGUGGCAGCGUUAGGCAACCUGUCCGGCCUGCCCCCCCUGGAGGACAUAGAGACGGGGCUGCUGAGUAAGGAGGGCAUGCUCCCCACCAAGCGCUUCUCCAUCUUCAGGCAGUGA